AUGUUAACAAAUUGUCAAAUAAAUAACUUUAAAAUCUUUUCCACCGUGGGAUCUGGUGCAUACGGUUUGGUGUUGCAUGUAGUAGAUAUAAUAACUCAUCAAGAGUACGCAAUUAAGGCUAUUCUCAAAUCCAGUUCGCAACCAUAUCCUGUCGAUUCGCUACAGAACGAAAUAAAGAAACUGUUCGACUUUUAUCAAGGACGUAUAAUCCUACCAUCAAUAGAUUUAGAUUCCAUUCUACAGCUUUCAGAAGAACAAAUCUUGAAAGUCCCACACUAUAAAGAAAUUGUCAUGCAAUUGCGUGUACACGACCAUGAAAAUAUCGUAACAAUUCAUCAAGUUUUGGAAUCUAACGCUGUGACUUUCAUCGUUAUGGAUUACCACCAAACAGAUUUAUUCACUUCCAUUGUAGAACAACAACAUUUCACACGCAAUGGGAAUUUAAUUAAAAAAGUCUUUCUUCAACUUUGUUCUGCAUUACAAUAUUGUCAUGAAAAUAAUGUUUACCAUGGUGAUAUUAAACCGGAAAAUCUCCUCUUAGAUUCAAAUGACAAUCUAUACCUUUGUGAUUUUGGCUUGGCAACAAGUUCCAAAAAUUUGGUUCCAAAUGUUUGCAUCGGCAGCUCAUACUAUAUGUCCCCAGAGAGAAUACUCUCAAAUAACGAUACCUCCAUCUUCCCUAAUGAUAAAAGUGAUAUUUGGUCAUUGGGUGUCAUACUCAUUAAUUUAACAUGCAUCAGAAACCCAUGGUUGAAAGCUCACCGCGUCGAGGAUAAAACCUUUCAUUAUUUCAUAGAAGAUCCUGCAGUAUUGAAAAGGAUCUUACCCAUAUCUGACGCUCUAUUUAAUUUGCUUUGUCAAAUUCUCAAGUUAAAUCCCUAUAACAGAAUUGAUAUAAAUCAACUUAAAAGUGAAGUAUCAGAGCUGACAUCCUUCGUCAAUGAAGGUCCGUUGAGUAAUGUACCAAAGGAGUCUAAAAACUCUAUAUGUUCCAGUUACUCUGAAGAUCAAUAUUUACAUCCUAAUGCAAUCGCUUAUGAUUGUCAUAGUAUCCAACAAGAUUUGAGGGGUAAACUUUUCAAUAUUACCACAGAUUCAAGCUUUGAUUCCAGUGCUCCAACUGCUGUGGCAAGCCCCGAAUUAGCCCCUCAUAUUAACCCUACACCUGCAAUGAUAAACGUUGCUCAUGAUUGGUACUAA